AGUUCACUUACUGUUCUGACUUUCAACAGGCAUUGUUUUUUAAUUUUUUUUGAAUUUUUUCUUUUAUUCGGUAACAAUCUUUUUUCGGUGUUGACUAAAUUUAAGUGAAAUGUUUAGAGCCAUGCAGAUGACUGUCGAUUGUUCGGGCCGUUGGCUUGCCUAUUAUUCUGCCAGACUUGCCCAUAUGCCCCGUGGGCCCGGCCGCAAAGAAAACUUGUACGACGUACUUGAAAUCCCCAAAAAUAGUAGCAAGCAGGAAAUAAAACGGGCGUUUGUAGAGCUUUCGAAAAAAUAUCACCCGGACUCUCAUGAAAAAACUCGAAACUCGGAUGAGUUUAUGAGAGUCUACGAGGCCUAUGAGGAAUUGAAAAAGGAAUCGCUGCGUGCAGAGGACGAUACCGAGAUAAAGAUGCCGGCAGUGGAUACCAGCCGCCCUAUGGUCAAUGUAUGUAAGAAGUGGCGAGAAUAUCAGGCAGACAAUCGAAGGAAGCAGCAGGGCAACAACUUCAAAAUAAAGGCAUCUCCGGCGAAGAUAAAUCAGAAGCCGUGGCUUGUCAAAAAAGAUUCUUCUGCUAGUCUCUGGUUACCGCCCGAAACUCCCUCCUCAGUCCUAGUAGUAAGCCAAAUCCAUCGGGAAAACGUCUGUGACUUCCCCAGUUUCUCCAACACCGAAGGCGAUGACACCGAAAUGCCAAGUGAGUGGAUGUGCUAUUUUGCUGGUUUUGGACUGGUCAGUGGCUUGUUAUUUAUGGAUUCGGUGAGCGAUUGGUGCGACAAGGAGCCGUCAGAAUGCCCUAAGCCAGAGGAGCUAGAAGAAGCGGACUUAUCCUCUUCCUCAAAACGACUAACUCUGUGUUUCUCUGUGUAAUUCUGAUGUAUACGGAUGUGAGGGUGCACAUGGCAUGGGCGUGUGUUUAGGAUCUUUAUGCUGAAGCAACCACCCAGCGAUGCUGUAACUCUGUUGUCCAAUAUCAGAACGAUGUAGCCAGAAUAUCCCAUGGGUCAUGGUCAUUCGUCAUAAUUAUUAUUUGUCCACGUUCAGAGAGCUAAAUACAAUCAUAUAAAUUUGCUCGUCGUUAA